AUGGAUAAAUCACCUCUUCAACCUUCCGAUGUCCCGACGUCGAUACACCAAGCCACUCAACCGCACCUCACACCCGAGACCUUCAAAAAGGUGCUCGGAAAGCUCAUUUCGUCGCCAAAGAGCUUUACACGAGAAGAUACGAUCCUAGCAUUCGAGCAUCUCCUCGAUCCGUCGAGUACCCUUCCGAGUCAGAUUGGUAGCUUCUUGACUGCGCUACAUCUUAGUGGUCGAGAGGGCGAUGUCGACAUCUUGGCUGGCGGUGCAGAAGUUCUACGCCGAUAUGCCAUCGUAGUCGACGUUCCCGAGGAGGAGACGAACUCGAAACCAAGGAUGGUCGUCGAUAUCGUUGGCACCGGUGGAGAUGGACACAAUACCUUUAAUGUCAGCACGACUGCAGCCGUCAUCGCAGCUGGAGCCGGUGCGAGGGUUUAUAAACACGGGAACCGCGCUUCGACGUCUUCUUCUGGAGCAGCAGACCUCUUGAUCACUCUCGGGUGUCCGCUUUCGCCACACAUAUCUUCACCUCGAUCGGUACCAGAUCCCAAAUUCCGCUUCCUUCUCGCCCCCCACCAUCACCCUCUUCUAGCACCAUUAGCUCCUAUUCGUCGCACUCUUCCUCAUAGAACCAUCCUCAACCUCCUUGGACCACUCGUCAACCCCUCACGUCCAGCUGCGAUUGUGAUUGGCGUCGCACACGCUUCGCUUGGACCGACGUUCAUCAAGGCACUCAGCUGCGACGAAAAGGUCCAACGAGCAUGGGUGGUCUGUGGGGAAGAAGGUUUAGACGAGAUUUCGUGUGCAGGACCGACUCAUGUAUGGGAGUACAUGCGCGGUCGUUCAGAUGGAGAGUUUGCGGAGUUUUCCAUCGAGCCAAGCUCGUUUGGACUGCGAGCACAUUCGCUGGACAUGGUCAAAGGCGGCAAGGGACCAGAGGAGAAUGCCGAGACGUUUAUGCAUCUAAUCAACCCGGAGAAGUGGGGAGCAAGAAAGGGUCCUUCGGAGGAUGUCACCCCUGUCCUGGAGUUUGUGCUGAUGAACGCUGCUGCCGUUCUCCUAGUCGCGGACGUCGCAAACAGUCUGGAGGAAGGUGUGCGAUUGGCGAGAGAGAGCGUGGUAUCCGGAAACGCUUGGGAUGCAUUCUGUUCAUUUAGGGAUUGGGAUAACAGCUCAUAG